UUACCAACGCGCUACGGUGCGGACGGAUCGGAUAUUACCGUGUGCUGCCCCGUUCGGUGGUGGUGCGUGUCACAAAUUAGGAAGAAAAAAAUAAAUAACGACAAACAUACUGGCGGCUACGGACACGAUCACUUGCCAGCUGCUGACGUACCGACUGGGUCAGAGAAUUGCUUAGUUGUUGAGGGAGGUGAAAGAAAGGCGUUGCCGUUGGCGGAGGCGAAGAAAACCUGACCAUGACAGUGGCCCGCUUGUUCGUCGUGUGUGUUAGAUAGAAAGUCUAGCAGUUGUUUUGGCUUCCGUUGUGUACCACGGUUUUGACACUGUGUGUGCGCGUGUGUGUGUGUUUGUGUCAAAAUGUCCGCAGCAAAUGCCUGCCCUGAAUUACUAAUCAACCAUAAAUCAGCCACGAUGUAACAAGUGAUUUGCCAGCUAGAGGGGGAGCACUGCUGCAAAAAAUUGAAUCUGUGUUCUGUGCGCGUACUUAAUAAAAACGAGUGAUAAUAAUCAUAAAUUUAAGCCCAUUGAGCAAAGUGUGUUUGUUAGAGUGUCUGCCUGUAUAGUAGAAGCGGAAGAGCGAUAAAAAAACCGAAAAAUGCGUUACGCGUGAAGCAGGCAAAAGUGUCUUCUUGCUAACUUGCCGUGCUUUUCAUCAUUUUGGAAGCAGCUUGGAUCGCCACCUCCCCAACAAGCGCCCAAUCAGCUCUAAAGAAAUGAAAAUACAAACCACCCGAACCGAAACGACGGCAACGAACAGGUAUUGAAACCCUGGUUCGCAUUCGAUUCGUCUUCGCCUUGUAGGCUUGCAGACACCCAGCCGCACCCGGUGCAAUUCGUAGCGCACCACCGCCGUCAUGAGGGGGACAGCGAACAGAUUGCCACUGGAAGGGCUCUGCUGGUGGUUGGACCUGUACUUCACCACGGUUGCACGGACACAGUGAAAUUGUGUGUGUGUUUGUGUGUUUUUUUACCAUACUCAAACAGCCAGUGAAAAGAGCAUCAGAAAAGGAGAAGGAGAAAAGCAAGGUGUACCAUCGAACGCCCGCGGUAUGGAACGAACUGUCUCGUGCCGCCCAGUGACAGAGUUCUCCCGAAACGCACAGUGUAGAAACUAUUAGAAACCGUGCACUUGGUGCAGUGGACAGUAACGAAACGAAAAAAACCGCGCCAGAGCACAUACAACGCAAGCGUCAAUGCGCGCGGCAUCGCACACGGAGCGCUCACAAUGAACGCGUCGAGCCUGGACUAUGAGGUGCGGCACCUACUGCUUGGCAAUGGGAGCAGCAGCAGCGGCGGCGGCGUCGGCCUCGGCAGCGGCAUUGGCGGCACCGGCCCCAGCAGCCCGGGCGAGGAGUCCGCGCUGGUCGGCAACCUGACCGCGCGGAUGGUCGGCGCCACGAACGAGAGCGUGCUGACGGUCGUGUCCUGCUACGACGACUACCUGCCCAACGAGCUGCUGGUGGAGUUCGAGUUCUGGAUCAGCGGUGUGGUGAUGAACAUCGUCGCGCUGAUCGGCAUCCUCGGCAACAUCUUCUCGAUGGUCAUCCUGUCCCGGCCGCAGAUGCGCUCCAGCAUCAACUACCUGCUGAUCGGGCUGGCCCGCUGUGAUACGGUGCUGAUCCUUACCUCCGUGCUGAUCUUUGGCCUGUGCGCGAUCUACCCGCACACCGGCUACCUGUACUACUAUCACUAUCAGAUCUUUCCGAAGAUUUCGCUCGUCGUCUACCCGCUGGCGAUGAUCGCCCAGACGGCGAGCGUCUACCUGACGCUCACGGUCACGCUCGAGCGGUACGUGGCCGUCUGCCAUCCGCUGCGGGCGCGCGCCCUCUGCACGUACGGCCGGGCCCGGCUGUACGUGGUCGGCAUACUGGUCUUCUCGAUCCUGUACAAUCUGCCCCGGUUCUGGGAGGUGACGCUGAUCUCCUCCACCCACCCGGACACCGGGCUGACGAUCUACUGCGUCAAAGCGUCCGACAUGCGCACGAACGAGACGUACAUCAAGGUGUACAUCCACUGGCUGUACAUGAUCUUCGUCUACUUCCUGCCGUUCAGCUUGAUCUCGUUCUUCAACCUGAUGAUCUACCGGCAGGUGCGCCGGGCGAACAAGGAGCGCCAGCGGCUGUCCCGGUCGGAGAAGCGCGAGAUCGGUCUCGCGACCAUGCUGAUCUGCGUGGUGAUCGUCUUUCUGCUCUGCAACCUGCCCGCGAUGAUGAUCAACAUCGUCGAGGCGUUCUACAGCGUGAUCAUCGAGUACAUGGUGAAGGUGUCGAACCUGCUCGUCACGAUCAACUCGAGCGUCAACUUCUUCAUCUACGUCAUCUUCGGCGAGAAGUUCAAGCGCAUCUUUCUGCUGCUUUUUUGCAAACCCCGCGGCCGCCAGUCACCGGACGACGGUCUUAUACACGACGACAGCUCCUUCUCGAACGGAGACGCCAGCAACCGGAACUCGGGCCGGUUUCAGCGCGUCGGCACCACGCGCAGCACCUCGACCAAGCUGAGCAACUGUAGCAUGCGCACGAUCCGCACGACGGUCCGCAGCACCCGGGCCCCGUCGCCCGGCCCGAUCGUCUACUACCCGGCGCGGGAAACGCUGCCCCGCCUGGCCCAGCCGCCGACGAUCACGCGCAGCAGCUCGAUGUUUCCGGACUGGAGCGCGCGGGAGAACGGCACGCACGGGGGCAUCAUGAUGGCCUCGUCCGGGUUCUAGAGUUUGCCGGGCAUGCCGGGCGCCACCACACCAGCACUGAGGUUUCGAGCUUUAAUCUGUAGCCGUACGCCUAGCGAGAAGCGAGCCCCCCCGCGCGUGGGCCAGCUGCCCCGUUUGAAAGGGAAGAAGCUUUUUUAUGUAUUUGUUUUGUGUUUUUUGUGUGCUAUUCGUCCCAAAACAGUUGGAAGCAGUGGUGUUAGAGCGAAAGGAUAGACGUACAGGUUUUUGAGUCAUCAAUUGCGAACAAUCCCAGCACGUGAUGAAAUAUCCGCCUCAAAGUGGCGAAAGUCGCACUGACAAUUUUAACGCAACCGGUACACGUUUGCGAGGAAAGGCAAAAGAGCGAACAAAACGAAUGAUAAUUAGUACACCUCAGUUUUCCUUUCGUUUGCUAUCCACCCGGGAGCACUCGUGCUUUGGAGCACUCCAUAAUGCGCGUGCACAGCAUUUUCACAGUGCUCGUCUCAUUUUUCAACCCUUGAUAGCGCGUUCCACUUCAGCGCCUUUUGGCGCGCAGCUUAAUUGUGAUUAAUGAGGCGCACGUCCUGCAAUCCGUGGCACAUCCUCCUGACGAACGGUACUAAUCGAACUUGGAGGGGUUGGGUUUGGAAUGAGGUUUUUCUCUUUAUAAUGGAAGCUAUUCAACGGUGGUGCAGUCCAACGUGAGCUGAUGCUGGCGAACGGUGAUUAUUUGAUAGAUAAACUUUGGCACAGUUUUGCGGAAGCGGAGACGAAGUGCGUCUGGUGUGGAAUUUUGCAGAAUGCUUGAAAAGAUUGGAUGAUCCUUCCACUAUGCGUGAAAAAAUGGGUGAAUCGUUCAUUCGGGUAGCUUUAUUACUCGUGGUUCAAUUUUCUUUCGCUUUUUGCAGCGUUUUCAAAUUGGAAUUUAUCUAGCCAAAAUCAUUCGAAGUCAAGAGUCCAGUCCAACUGUAUUCCAGUAGCCAA